CAUCUUUCCAUUCAAAAGCAUGAAUGAGCUGUAUGUAAACAUAGCUCAGAAAUCAGAAAUAAGUGUCAGUCUGUGGCACACUCUCUCUGCAAGGGGGAUGUUUGUUGACUCAACUCCUUGAGCUAGUGCGCCACGCCGAAGGUUGCAGCUGUCUUAAGCCCGAGGUCCGUACUCAUAUUCAUCAUGUUUCGGCCCAUUUCAACGCUUCCCCUGCCAGCAUCGGCUCAACUUCUUCUUCGAGAGAGUGGUUUUCUAUUCUGCGAGGAUGUAAUCAGUCAUCGCGGUGUUGCUCCAGAAGCUCGCAGCAUAUUACAAAGGUGGAAUUUACACAGCGGAGAGUGUUGGAAUACUCUCACCUCUCCCCCUCAGACUUUGAAUUCCCUCGAUCUGUGGCAGGAAGAGUGUACAAGUCGCAGCAUAGUUACAUGGAGUAAAGAUGUGGAUUCAAUACUUGAUGGUGGAAUUCCCUUUCAAGUCAUCACAGAGUUGUGUGGAGCACCAGGGUCAGGGAAGACGCAAAUGAGUUUACAGCUUUGUGUUGAUGUACAAAUCCCUGAGUCCCUUGGAGGUGCAGAAGGCCAGGCUGUUUUUAUCGAUACUGCUUGUAAUUUUUCAUCACAGCGUAUUAGAGCUAUAGCUGAUGCUUGCUGCAAACAUUGCCAUCUGCUUUCAAGAAAGAACCAAAUAAGGGAUUUCGUCAAUUUUAAUGCUGAUAGUAUCUUAAAUAAUAUACAUUUGAUAUCUAUUCAUGGAAUAGUCCAGCUUCUGGCUGCUGUUAAAGUACUCCCGCAAUUAAUUGAGCAGCAUCCACAGAUUAAACUUGUUGUGAUUGAUAGUUUAGCAUUUCCUUUUACCUGUGGGGAGACUUGCAACACUCUUGAUCGCACCAGUUAUAUUUAUCGAAUUUUGUCUGACCUUCAAAAACUAGCUGUACAUAAUAGACUUGCUAUAGUAAUUACUAAUCAGUUGACAACACGUAUCAUAAAAUCAACCCCUAAUAUGAGUGAACUUUCUCCUGCACUUGGGGAGAGCCUGGGACAUAGAGUAACUCAGCGGCUUUUGCUGGGUCGCAUUGCGGGCAACUUGAAAGCAGCAAUUGUGUUAAAAGGAAAUAACCAGUGUAUGUCAAGUGCAAAAUUCCAAAUAACAGAGGCUGGGAUAAGAGAUUUGUAACGAAAUGAACACUAGUAAAACUAAUGAACUCUAAAAAAAGUCAAAGAAGAAAAGGAAGCAAUCAAACAUUUUUGACUCAAGUUUUAUUGAUGUCAUGAAUGUAUACAACUCUCUCUAUAAAUAAAAAAUAAAAAUCAGCAGUGCAAA